AUGAAACAUAAAGUAGGGAACAAGGCACACGUUGAAGGAUCCAUUGCAGAAAAGUACGUAUAUGAGGACUUAACACAUUUCUGUUCCAUGUACUUUGAGUCUGAAGUUGAGACUGUGCACAACAUGCUAGGUCGUAAUAUGGUUGAUGAUCGUUCACGAGAUCCAGGAAAAUUGGUGGAGUUCACAUAUCCGGUAGAGCCGUUAGGAGCAUAUACUGGUUAUCAUUUAGAUCCAAAUUUCUUGAGCAUUGUAACACAUUACAUCCUCACUAACAUGCAAGAAGUGUCACCUUAUAUUAUUAUGUUCGAAGAAGAGGUUCGCAGUAAGAGUCAACACUUAUUGAGUGAUACUCAGAUGGAUACAAUGAUGAAGGAUAACUUUGCCUUGUGGCUUCAAAACAAGGUUCAUGACAACAACGAACAAUUACAAUCUUUGUUAAGAGGUCCAGCUUUAUAUGUGAUUUCUUAUAAGAGAUGUAGGGUGAAUGGGUAUUCAUUCAACCUAGGAAAAUCAAGCUCAGGGAUACUUGUCAAGGGAAGUUGUUAUGGUGAUAGUGGAAGCAAUUACUAUGGGAGUUUGCAGGAAAUUCUAAAAGGGCGUAAAAAAGACAAAAAUGGAGUGCUCUUAAUUGAUCUGAGUUCAAAACUGCAAGGAGAUGAUGUUUAUAUUCUAGCCAGUCAAGCCACUCAGGUGUACUACGCUCCUAGUGUAAAGAAUCCAAAUAGCAAUAUCCACACGAUUAUCACAUGUAGACCUCAAGUAUUAAGUGGAAGAUCUAUUGAUGCUAACAUAGAACCCCUUCAGGAAGAAAUCUCCAAUACCACGGCCAUAGACUUUUCAUCAAGGUCUUUAUUUGUAGACUUCUCACUUUAUAACAUGGAAGAAGAACAAAACAAUGUGGAAAGUGAAGAAGAUGAAGAAAUUGAGGAGGAGGAGGAAGAAGAAGAAGAAGAAGAAGAAGAAGAAGAUGGUUAUGAUAGCAUUGAAGUAGAAAGUGAAGAAGAUGUUGUGGGUAUGAUGGCCGGAAGGAGAGUUGUGGGUGGUAGGGGAGGUUCUGCGGGUGGCCGAGGGAGGGGGCGUGGGGGUUCUGAUGGAGGGCGUGGAGAGCCUAACAGGAGUGGUGGUCGAGGAAGUGGGAAGGGGGAUUCUGGUGGUGGGCAUGGAGAUGCUGAAGAUAGUACUGACUGGGAAAGUGGCGCGGAAGGGAGUUCUGAUGGUGAACAUGCAGACGCCGAUGGUAGUGCUGGUCAUGGCAAUAAAGGUGGAGGCUCGGGGGCUUCUCGGGGUGGCCGGGGAGAAACAGAUGUUUCUCAAGGUCAAGGAAAUGGAAGGUGUUAG